GUGACCUUCCUGUGUGGAAUCCCGGGAUAUACAGAGGACGGGGACAUCUCUCUGGUGGGUUCCCAUGGACUGGAUCCAUCUAGAUCCUUGUGUCCUUCUAAAUACUCCCACUCCUCCAUGGAGAAAUAGACAGUGACACCCUGACACCUUAUAGGAACCUGACACACACAAUGAUACAGUCACCAUCCAGACACAUCCCUUGUCUGUUACUGGAGAAUGUCCCAGAAUUCCCGGCACCGCUCACCUCUCCUGUCAGCAGCUCAGUGAUCUCUCUGGUGACUUCUAGAAUCUUCUUCUUC